AUGUCACGAUCGCCAUCUGGCUCACCUCCUCCAACACCAAGCCAAUCUCCAGUGCCACAGAAAGCCGGUUACCAGUCACCGCCAUGUAUUUGCGGUUCAGUACCGUUGGUUUCACUGUCGGCGAACACCCUUGCUGACUCGCUAGGAGUCUCGCCACUCUACAAGCAACAAGAUUCUGCUCGAUGGAAUGCCGCAGCACAGGUCUAUCACAACUCCCGUGCCCAUUCACCGACACAGGACGGGCAAUUCCAGUUCUCGCCGGAACAGAUCCCUGAAAAUAUGUGGGUGAAUCCACAGCAACUGGUCACCAAUUUCAUCCAUAAAAGCUCGGCAGUCAGGACACCGUUAUCGCUGGAGGAUAUCGCCAACAUGAAUCGACGGCGUCACACUCAGGUGCGGUUCUUAAAGGAUUUCUGA